AUGGCUGCCAUGGCAAGCCCUCCGGCUUCUAUACCUCCACUGACCGUUCCCAAACCAUCAGUCACACUUCCAAGCGCCAACAAGAGAAAGCAGAUUCAUCCAGCCGUGUCGCUGCUCGCCGGAAGCGUGGCAGGUGGAAUCGAAGCAGCAGUCACAUACCCAUUCGAAUUCGCAAAGACACAGGCACAGCUGAAAGGGUCCCAUGGAAGUACGCGGAAUCCAUUGCUCGCCAUUGCCCAAACCGCCCGAUCAGAGGGCGUUGGUGCCAUCUACACCGGGUGCUCGACUCUGAUUCUUGGUACAAUGCUGAAAGCGGGAGUACGAUUUCUGUCAUUCGACUUUGUCCGAAAUCUGUUUGCCGACGACCAAGGGAGGCUCUCUGCUUCCCGUGGCGUCCUGGCAGGGCUUACUGCUGGUUGUGUCGAAUCGAUUGUAGCAGUAACACCUACGGAGCGGCUCAAGACGGCUCUGAUCGACGACGCUAAAGGCCAGAAACGGUUCAAAGGAGGCGCCAAUGCCUUUGCGACCAUCAUCCGAGAGCAAGGUCUGAGCGGCCUUUACAGAGGCUUGGUUCCCACCGUCAUGAAGCAGUCUGCCACAUCUGCAGUGCGUAUGGGCUCCUACAACGUUCUGAGAGAGUACGGAAAGCAAAAGAACCUGCCCAACAACAGCCUUGUCACUUUUGCCACCGGAGCUAUUGCAGGAACCGUCACCGUGUACAUGACACAGCCCCUCGACACAAUCAAGACCCGGUCACAGGGUGUAGCGAGAAUGAGCACCAUGAACGCGGUUCGGGACGUGUUCGUCACCUCCGGCGUCAGGGGAUUUUGGCGAGGAAGUACCAUGCGACUUGGCAGACUGGUCUUUAGUGGUGGAAUUGUCUUCAUGGUGUAUGAGAACGUGGUGAGCAUGUUGUCACCUGCGCGGGAAGCGGCGUGA